AUGGUUGCACGACGGGGCUCGUUGAGCUGCUGCGGCAUGUCGAUCCCGGUUCUAGCGCGCAAGUACUUCUCCGUCGUGUUCGUUGGAGCCUGCUUUUCCAUUCUGCUGAUUGUUGUUUCCCUGACCGACACGGUAGGCUUCGACACACAAUGGAUACACCAUUAUGGCAACUCUCUGACCGCUAAGCCGCCCAUCGCAGGGGGUACGCCCUUGAGGAUUAUGGUGCUGGGGGCGUCGGUCUGCAAGGGCGAGGUAUCAAAUGGCACCGUGGGAUUCCGCAAGCCGCUGCGCGACAAGCUGGUCUCGGUCGGCAACAAGGUCAACAUGGUUGGCUCGGCCAGGGUUGGGGAGAUGAAGGACAACGAUGUCGAGGCCCAUGGCGGCAACCGUGUAGACCAAGUCCACGGUUGGGCAACGAACAGCGUUCCGCAGGCAAAGCCAAACGUUUUCCUGAUGAACGUUGGGUCGAACGAUUGUCUGCAGCGCUGGGACACUCCAAAUUACCAUGUGCGACUGACGGACUUCAUUAACUACCUUCUGGGCACAUCGCCGAGGGGUACCGUCAUCAUGUCCACCCUGUUGACCAACACGGUACCAGAUAUUGAACCAUGCAUUCUGGACAUCAACCGUCAGAUCAGGGAGGUAUAUGCAACGUUGAAAGAGGAGGGUAGACCAGUGGUCAUGGCUGAAAUGCACGACCAAUUUGUCCCCGAGGGAGACACACUCCCAAGGCCACGCAUAGAGAACAUCACGCCUGACGGUACCCACCCGGAUGAUGUAGGCUACGGCAUGAUGGCCGACGUCUUCUUUCAGACUAUUCGCGAGGCGGACAGCCAUGGAUUUUUCCAGCAGGCGGAGGAUGUUGGCAUCCCGGAUGACGGUGAUGCGGAGAGAGAUGCAGAGGAGCAACAGCGGCUAGCAGAUGAACAGGCAGGUGUAGCACAGCCAAAGGUUAGACGCAGUCUCAGAAAAAGACAGUGA